AUGCCAAAAAAGAGAGCUUCCAACGGUCGUAACAAAAAAGGUAGAGGUCAUGUUAAACCUGUUAGAUGCACAAAUUGUUCUCGUUGUGUACCAAAAGAUAAAGCCAUCAAACGUGUUACUCAAAGAGGUAUAGUUGAAAGUGUUGCCACCAGAGAUUUAAGUGAAGCCUCUGUUUACGAUGAAUAUGUUUUACCAAAAAUAUACAACAAAUUACAUUACUGUGUUUCUUGUGCAAUUCAUUCAAAGAUUGUUAGAGUUAGAUCAAGAGAAGGUAGAAAAGUUAGAACUCCUCCACAAAGACCAAGAUUCAAUAAAGAUAAUCGUAUUAAACCAACUGAUGCUGCUAAAAAGGCUAACUAA